AUGCAAAUUGUUGACAAUGAAUAUAGGGAAUUAAAAUUAGAUGUUUCCGUGUCUAAUUUAUUAUCAACUUCUAGUUCGACGUCUGAAACUUUUAUGGUGGAUAAAUUUUGGAGUGAAGUCAGCCAAAUCUGUGAUGCGAAUAGCAAACCAAAGUAUGGCAAUUUGUCCCCAUUUGUGAAGCAAAUGACGAUACCACCUUUGUCAAACGCCAAAGUAGAAAGAAUAUUUUCCGAUAUUAAUAGGAUUAAAAAUCAAGAUAAAAAUCGAUUUAAUAAUAAGAAUGUUGCAGCAAUAAUACAUGGAAAAGAGGAGCUACGACAGUUGGAAGGAGGAUGUAGCAGAUUUGAUUCUGACAGAAGUAUGAUCAAGUUAAUGGACUUAAAACAGCUUUAUGACAAUGUUACCCAACAUGAAGAUGAAGAAGCUUAA